AUGUCGACCAAGUAUCCCAGUACGAUGAGUUGUGCUGAGGCCUUUGAUCGGCUUACUUCGUGCUACUCUGUCGGAGGUCAGUUCCGGAAUUACUACCGAUACGGAGAAUUUAAUCCGUGCUUUAAGCAACUUGACAAAUUCAAGUUUUGCAUAGUGAACGGCACAGACGCGGUCAAAGUCCAGCAGUGGUAUCGCGACGAGGCAAAUUUCAACGCCAAGAAUCGGGGUACUUCGGACGAUAUAUGGCUAGAGCGACAGGUAUUGAACAACUGA